CCUAGGUCCAAUCCAUUGUGCACGCACGCGGGAACUGGCCUGGUUUCUCCUGCAAAGAUAUUGAGCUAAUUCAACGUCACGAGACCGUGUGAGUGGCUGCCAUGGGCGACACUCUUGAGUUCAAUGAGAUUUAUCAAGAGGUCAAGGGGUCAUGGAACGAUGGGCGUCUUCGCUUCAGCAAACAGAACGUGGUGUACAAGAGCAACAAGACGGGGAAAGUGGACAGCAUCACCGCCACUGAGCUCACACAGGCCCAGUGGAGGCGGGUCUGCCUGGGUCACGGCAUCAAACUCUGCACCAGCGGCGGGCACAUCUACAAAUACGACGGCUUCAGGGACGCGGACUUUGAGAAAAUCUCGGACUACUUCAAGGCCAACUACAAGGUGGAACUCACAGAGAAAGACCUGUGUGUGAAGGGGUGGAACUGGGGCACUGCCAAAUUCAACGGUCCUCUUUUGUCAUUUGAAGUGAAUGACAACCCUGCAUUUGAGAUUCCACUCUCCAGCGUAUCCCAGUGUGCCACGGGAAAGAACGAGGUCACUCUGGAGUUUCAUCAGAACGAUGACACGGAGGUUUCCCUCAUGGAGGUACGCUUCUACGUGCCCCCCACGCCGGGAGACGAAGGCUCAGAUCCAGUGGAGGCUUUUGCACAGAAUGUGCUGUCUAAGGCUGACGUGAUCCAGGCCACAGGGGACGCUGUGUGUAUCUUCAGAGAACUGCAGUGUCUCACACCUAGGGGCAGGUAUGACAUCCGAAUCUACCCCACGUUCCUGCAUCUUCACGGCAAGACCUUCGACUACAAGAUCCCCUACACCACAGUACUGCGUCUUUUCCUGCUCCCCCACAAAGACCAGAGGCAGAUGUUUUUCGUGAUCAGUCUGGAUCCCCCCAUUAAACAGGGACAGACACGUUACCACUUCCUCAUCCUUCUGUUUUCCAAAGAAGAGGAUAUCAACCUCACCCUCAACAUGAGCGAGGAGGAGGUGGAGCGGCGUUUUGAGGGUAAACUGAAUAAGAACAUGUCUGGUUCUCUCUAUGAGAUGGUGAGCAGAGUAAUGAAGGCUCUUGUCAACAGGAAGAUCACAGUGCCUGGAAACUUUCAGGGUCACUCAGGUGCUCAGUGUAUUACCUGUUCGUAUAAGGCCAGCUCAGGUCUGCUGUAUCCUCUGGAGAGGGGGUUCAUUUACGUACACAAGCCCCCCGUGCAUCUCCGCUUUGAGGAGAUUUCCUACGUCAACUUCGCCCGCGGCACCACCACCACGCGCUCCUUCGACUUCGAGAUCGAGACCAAGCAGGGUAACCAGUACACCUUCAGCAGCAUCGAGAGAGAGGAAUACGGGAAACUAUUCGAUUUUGUCAAUGCCAAGAAACUGAGUAUCAAGAACAGGGGAUUCAAAGAGAAAAAGGGCAUGAAGGGCGAUGACGACAUGUACAGCGACUCGGAUGACGACCAGCACGAUGCUUACCUGGAACGCAUGAAGCAGGAGGGCAAGAUCCGCGAGGAGGCCAAUGAUAGCGAUGAUUCUGAAGGCGAAAGCGAUGAAUCGUUCAACCCCGGUGAGGAAGACGACGACAUAGCAGAGGAGUACGACAGUAAAGCGUCUGCCAGUGACAGCAGUGCAGACGAAGCAGACAGCGAUGAGGACAGAAAGAGGAAACCGGCAAAGAAAGCUAAAGUGGUGAAAGAGAAAAAGCCACGGAAGAAGGAGAAAAAGGUGAAAGACAGCGGUGCUCCCAAAAGGCCUAUGAGCGCCUACAUGCUGUGGUUAAACUCCAGCCGCGAGCGGAUCAAAGCGGAUAACCCCGGAAUAUCUGUCACGGAGAUCUCCAAAAAGGCCGGAGAGAUGUGGAAACAACUGAGUAAAGAAAAGAAGGAGGAGUGGGAAGGAAAAGCAGAGGAGGCGAAGAGAGACUAUGAGCGAGCAAUGAAGGAGUACAGAGAGAGCGGAGGAGGCUCUUCAGGCACCUCCAAAAAAGAGAGGAAGAAGAAGGGGAGGAAGAUUGAGGAGAAGAAGAGGAAAUCAAGCGGAGGUCGUGAGAAAGAGAGGGACAGGGGAGCUGGUGGAGACAGUUUUAAGAGCAGAGAGUUUAUCUCCAGUGAGGAGAGCUCUUCAGAGUCAGACAGAGGCAAAGGACGCAAACGCAAGGGCUCCGACGAUGAAGAGGAGGAGGUGGCCAGUACUCCACCGAGCUCUGAAGAGUCUGGAUCAGACUGAACACGAGGGAGAGAGAGAGAGGGACAGAGAGAGUGUGAGAGACAGAGAGAGAGUGAGAGAGAGAGAGUGAGAGAG